UUCAUAUUAUAAGGCAGUGUUCCUUAUCGAUAGUCCUUAGGCACAAGGGUUUUACUUUAAUGAUUUCAUGUCAAUGAUACUUGUCCAUCCCAGCACGGUUAGCUAUCAAACCGACAGAUGUCCAGACCUCGUCAAUUGCAGAAGUUGGGCCCAUAUCUACGGAGACGCAAUGUUCCGCAAAGGUGCUUUGCAACACAGCGAAAGACGGCCUCCUUCGCCUACACAUGGUUAACGAGGACUCCUGAAGUGAUUACCGCGAAUGAUGUCCUUUCGAGCCUUCCUUCUUUACCGCCGUCACUUACACAGCCGAAUCACGUUCCUAUUUUCCUCCUAACCCCUUUUUUUUCCCAAUGGGCCGAUACAACAAACCCAUUUCUCGAACAUUGUAUCAACCGGCUUUACUGCAACACCCCGGCACGUGAUUCUACCGAGCCUGUCCACGCCAUUGUCGCAAUCGUCGAUAAAUUGCCUGACAAUCUACCAGAGCUCAAAGAUACAACGAAUAACGGCAUCACGGGGGAGUCCGAGGGGUUGGCUCUGUUAUUUGUGCCAACAGAGAACAUACAAGGAAAAGCUGCGGCACCUCGGCGCAUUAGGAGCUCGGAAGCUGAGGAAUCAGCUCUUGUAUUUUCAUUCCAGUCGAAUGUUUCGGACAAUGCGGCUCUCCGACGUGCAGCCCAUGAAAUCGGGCUGCGUCUCGCCAAUACACUGUUCAUAAAUGGCAAGGAAAGCACCCUUUUUGGAACUCGUUGGUCCUACAAUCCUUCUUCAUCCAAUUUCAACUUCAAUCGGUCGAUCGAGCUUUCACGGUGUAGGGUAGUUUCUACUGCGGGCUCUGUACGCAGUUCACUGAAGCUUCCUUUACACCCAGUCGGCCGGCGAAGGGAGGUUAUCGCUAGCAUGGGAAAUAUCCUCCGUCAAUUGGCAAAACAUCCGAAUGGUACAUCGAAGGACCCGAUGCCAGCUUCAUCCGAAUUAGAGAAAGAGCUUCCCCGCUACAUUGAAGAGCACGAUAUCGCCGAUCAUAAGGUUUCAGUAUGGGCUUUGGUCCAGUCUCCUUCAUAUAACUGGCAAUCAGAAACAGAUGGCUCUCCGGGUGGACUCAUGGAAUCAAUCGGGGUCGGAGGUAAACUUCACCGCGUCAUGAGCGGUGGGGGUGGAUGGGGCAAGAAGCAAGGCCUUUUAUCUUUAGAUUACGAAACCAGCUUUCUAGAACCAUACGCUGAGGACGGAUUUUCAACACUUACUACCCUGUUCCUGCCCAAUAGCACGAGCACGAUGCAAACUGCACCGCCUUCUCUUGCUAUGGGAACUGUGGAGGAUGAUCUGUCGUCUUUAUCACAAGUGGCAAAGGCUGGGGACUAUAUUCAAUUUUACGUUUCUGUCAAGCCAGACCAUACGCAGAACGGGCAGCUGGAGAUGCGAAGUUCUCAGGGGGCAGUCUCGUACCAUUUUGGUGUCGUCUCUGAUAAUGAGAUGCCUGCGGACCACAAGGAAAACAGUACACUAGAAAAGGAUUUAAGAGCCAUGCCUAACUACUUUGGGGCACUAUCCGAGAAAGCAAUGACCUAUUCACAACCUAUCACCCCAACAAAGUCAGGUGAGGAGAUUCUGGGGUCUGGUACCAAACUUGAUAUCCCGGGAUCGCGGGUUGAAUUAGUGGUCACAUCAAGAGAACUAUGAGCAAAAGACCCAUCUAUGUUUAGCUAACUAUGUAAAAA